AUGAUUCUUCAAAGCUUGUCUCACACUGAUGUCCCUGUUGCUGUCUCCGUGAGUGAACGCCAUCUUUAUGAGGUUUCUUCGAGCAUUUUAAUGGCAGAAAGCUGGGUCAGGACCCAUGUUCUGACCUACUUCCCUUCGACCAAAAUCAGCACCAUUGUGGUGGGAAAUGCUGUCCUUUGCAACAGAGAUCAUGAGGAGAAUUGGGGUUUGGUUCUGCCAUCUCUGAAGAACAUUUACUACUCCCUCGUCAGAUGGGGCUUGGAGAAAGAAAUCAAGAUGUCGGCUUCCUUUUCUGGUGACUGUUUAAAUCUAAAUUCCAACACAUUUAGAGAUGAACUAACCGUGAAUCUUAUCAAUCCUCUGUUAGGUUUUCUUCUUAAAUCCAACUCAACCUACUGUGUCAGCCCAACUGCAGAUUUUUCACCAUUGUCAUCUGAAGCUACAGACUUGGUUUCUGCUCACUUUGAAUCCAUCAAAAAUCUUGGGCCAUUCCAGAUGAAUGGGUUUAAUGUCGUCCUUUGCACCCAAGAAAAACAGAGACCCAAGAGCAAGAAGGGUUUGGAUUUCUCACGGAGGAUUAUUCACAAACAUGGACCUGCAGUUGGUGCAAAAGGGUUUGGAUUUCUCACGGAGGAGGAAGAAAUGGAUUUUGCUACUCGCAGUGCUCGGCUUCACAGGUUAUGA